UUACGAAAGCAUGGCUACUGAGGAGCUUCGCCUGGCCGACCACUUCCCGCUGGUACACAAGUCGUGCAAGAAGCCUGCCGCUAGUUUCUUCGAAUGCUUCUCCGAGAAAGCUGACCAGCCGCCAGAAGGGGAUGCGGCUGCCGCGAGAAAGGGCUUGGCCGCGUGCGCAGGCCUGAUGGCCGACUACGACAAGUGUAUGUCCAAGGUUCCCGCAAGGCCGCUCAUUCGGGUUCAAGAAGAGUACCGUCUUGCCCCAGGCGCCAAGCGGUAACGCAUCCGGAAGUUCUCGCUGUGUGUGCUGCACAGGAGAACGAUUUUUCAGCGUCGUCCCGUGUAUGCUUUCAGAAAUGACGGCUCCAAGCAUGCACGUGCCAAGGUGACAAGAAAACAACUCUCUUGAAGAUCCAGGGCUUUCCGGGCUCGGCUCCCCGAGCCACCCUUUGAAGAAAGCGUGUACAAAGUCCGCCUUCGUUCAUUGUAUGGAGUCAUUGCGCGUGUCUGUAUGCCGCGGUGGGGUUGCUCCCGUCCGUAGCCGCCCUUCUUACCGUAUGAGCGGUGUGACCCUGCUUGCGGGGGCUGACCUCCCACUUUUUUCGCCGGCAGAGUGAUGUGUGCGCCUUUGUGAGGGAUGGUGUGCACUUGUGGUUGUUUUGUCUUGGCGUAACUGCAGUUGUGCUUGUUUUGCCGGGAUGAGCUGAAGCCGUAGACCUCCGUACGUCCCUCUUUCUUCGGUGCUUGGGGGGGGGGGGGGGGGG